GAGGGCCCCCACCCCACCCCACCCGCAGCCCCCCGGCCCGGCCGCCCCUGCCCGCCGCCGGCCUCCCGCCAGAGGCGUCGCUGUGCGCGGCCCGGCAGCGGCUGUGCGGGGAGCGGGCGCUCGCGCCGGGCCGGGCUUUCAGUUUCUGGCGCGAACUUCCGCCGCCCCGAAGCCCCGAAGCCCCGAAGCCGGCGGCGGCGGCGCGAUGUCGGGGGACGGCAGCGGGCGGCGGGCGGCGCCCCGGGGUCGGGGCCGCGAGGCGCACCGUGACCCGCCCCGCUCCCGCUCCCGCUCGCGCUCCCCGCUGUCCCCGGGGCCCCGCCGCGCCGCCGCGCCCGAGCGCCCGUGCCCGGAGGACCCCGAGCCGUCGGACUCCGGGGACGAGCUGCUGGACCCCGCCAGCCUGGAGGCCGAGACGGACCCCAGCCUGUGCCGCCAGAUCCGCCACCAGUACCGGGCGCUCAUCAACUCGGUGCAGCAAAACCGAGAGGAUAUACUGAAUGCCAGUGAUAAAUUGACAGAGGUCCUUGAAGAAGCCAACAAUCUGUUUAAUGGAGUGUCCCGAGCCAGAGAAGCCGUCCUAGACGCCCAGUUUCUUGUUUUGGCUUCUGAUUUGGGCAAAGAGAAAGCUAAACAACUGCGCUCUGAUCUGAACUCGUUUGAUAUGUUAAGAUACGUGGAAACUCUGCUGACACAUAUGGGUGUAAAUCCGCUAGAAGCUGAAGAACUCAUCCGUGAUGAAGAUAGUUCUGACUUUGAAUUCAUAGUCUAUGACUCCUGGAAAAUAUCAGGCCAAACAGCAGAAAACACCUUUAAUAAAACCCAUACAUUCCACUUUCUGUUGGGUUCUGUUCAAGGAGAGGCGCCCAUACCUAAGCCACGCACCGAUCGUCCCCGAAGAGUCGCCGCCCCCGAGGAGCAGCGGGCUAUGCCUGCCCAGUUAAAAAGAAUGGAAGAAUCCCAUCAAGAAGCAACUGAAAAAGAAGUCGAAAGAAUCUUGGGAUUGUUACAGACCUAUUUUCGAGAAGAUCCUGACACUCCGAUGUCUUUCUUCGACUUUGUGAUUGACCCACACUCCUUCCCUCGGACAGUGGAGAACAUCUUCCACGUCUCCUUCAUUAUCAGGGAUGGUUUCGCAAGGAUAAGACUUGACCAAGACCGACUGCCGAUAAUAGAGCCCAUAAACAUUAAUGAAGAAAGUCAGGGCAUGGAUCAGAACACCCAAAUGAGGAACCAAGGAAUCAUAGCUUUGAGCUACCGUGACUGGGAGGAUAUUGUAAAGACUUUUGAGAUCUCAGAGCCUGUGAUUACUUCAAGCCAGAGCCAGCCAAGGUUGAGUACCUGACACCUGUCUGAGAUUGUUGUGGAUGAGAAUCAGAAUACCCCAGUUCUGUUGCCUCUGCCUUCCAGACUAAGCUGUGAUGUGGACUACUUGAUCUCAAACUCUCCUGCUUAUAGUCCAAGAUGACCAAGAACCAGAGAAUAGACACAGCAGCAAUUGUGUGUCUGCUCACACUGUUCACUAGGGAGGGAGGGGCUAGGUGUUGGGUGUCAUGUGUUAUAUAAAAUGAUCAUUUGACAUGCCAUUCAUAAACCAUUAACCAGCCAGUUCUCCCCUCCCCCUCCCUUUUUUUUUUUUUUUAAGGACUGACGUGGAUAGCGAAAUCACAAAAGGAAAGCAGUGUGUGUUGUAUAUACUGUAUGAUUAAACAUUUUUAAAGAGA